CACCACAUGGAAGUUAAGCUGUUGGGCCCUGAAACUUCAUUGAGCAGUUUGAAACCAUUCCACAGCUUUGCUCCUUCACCCUCCCACUUGGGACUAAUGCACAAACAUGAACACCUAUUGAGGAAAGCCACACAGGACUUCAAACAGCGACUACGGGGGAAAGAGUUUUGUUCCACACUCAUCAGGUCACUAGUUUACUGACUUCAGUCACCUUGAGUUUGCUGAAAUGAAGACUGUGCAUUCUACACUUCUCCUGCUACUGUUCGUGCCUCUGACACAGACAGCACCACAAACUCUGCUGGACUCACACAUUACCUAUGAGUAUGGAACAGACAACUUUGAAGAAACCAAAUUUAGCCAGGACUAUGAAGAUAAAUAUCUGCAUGGGAAAAAUAUGAAGGAAAAGGAGACUAUGGUAAUUCCUGAUGAGAAAAGUCUUCAGUUACAAAAAGAUGAGGUUGUACCAUCAUUACCCACCAAGAAAGAAAAUGAUGAAAUGCCCACAUGCCUGUUGUGUGUCUGUUUAAGUGGCUCUGUCUACUGUGAAGAAGUUGACAUUGAUGCUGUGCCACCAUUGCCAAAGGAAUCAGCUUAUCUUUAUGCACGAUUCAACAAAAUUAAAAAGCUGACCGCCAAAGAUUUUGCAGAUAUGCCUAACUUAAGAAGACUUGAUUUUACGGGAAAUUUGAUAGAAGACAUAGAAGAUAGUACUUUUUCAAAACUGUCUCUGUUAGAAGAACUUACACUUGCCGAAAACCAACUACUGAGGCUUCCAGUUCUUCCUCCAAAGCUUACUCUACUUAAUGCUAAACACAACAAAAUCAAGAGUAUUAAAGCAAAUACAUUCAAAAAACUGAAUAAGCUCUCUUUCCUCUACUUGGACCAUAAUGAUCUGGAAUCUGUGCCUCCUAAUUUACCAGAAAGUCUACGUGUAAUUCACCUUCAGUUUAACAGCAUAUCUUCAAUUACAGAUGAUACAUUCUGCAAGGCUAAUGACACUCGUUACAUUCGGGACCGUAUUGAGGAGAUUCGCCUGGAGGGCAAUCCAAUUGCUCUGGGAAAGCAUCCAAAUAGUUUUAUUUGCUUAAAAAGAUUACCUAUAGGAUCAUACUUUUAAACACCAUCAAUGAGGUUUAUAGUCUAAAGUACAUGUACCUAACGUCUCAAGGAACAUAAACAUUAGUUUAAGAUUAUCAUUUUAGCUCACUAUGAUAGAAUUUUAUGUUUAAACAAGUAUGUCAAAAAUUCUCAUAUGUAACUAUAAAAUAAUCCAUAUUGAAUCUCUUAGUUCAAAACAAAAAGAUGUAAAACUAAACAGCACUAAAAACCCCUUGUAGUUUACACUAGACUGCCAUCUAAAUAGCAUGCUUUUAUACAAACACUCGCAUGAGAUACACCAUUCCCAUGACUAAUGAAGUAAGAGAAUUCCAGGAAACUUUCAACUGUUUGUCUUUCUUAACAUUUACUGUAUCUCAAAAGCAUUUAAGGCAGAUGUUCUAAAAAACUGUAAAAAGCCAAGUGUUCAAGUGACCUUCCACUGACUUCAUGAUUCAUCCACAUUCUCUAAAAAGCAGAAACUUUCUUCCUGUUAAGGCAGCUAUUUUACUGUAUUUCUCACUUAGCCUAAGAAAAAGGGUAGCCACAACUAGGCAAUUUUUUCAGAUAAAGUAAAAAUUUCCCUUUGCUAUAGAACCAAUUUAGAAAAGUUCAGUUUUUUAUUAUUAAUUUUUUUAUUUUUAAGUUUAAAUUUAGAUUAGAAACAUGGUUGGUUCACAAGUUAGUUCCAGAAAAGUUCAGUUUUUUUGUUUUUUGUUUUCUUUUGCUUUGUGGACACAUAGAUGGUCUUUAGAAAAUUACUUUUAAAAAAACUUUGUAAGAAAAAAAAUCAAAAUUCUACCCACUUCUUAGAGAAUAUAUGGUUCCUUCACUCUAAAGAUUCUCAAAUAUGAAAUAAAUGUAAACUUUUCACAGUAUAACAAUGAUUUAAUCAAUAAAUUUGUCCAAAAAUAAGAAAUGUAAACAAAGUUCAUUCUGUUGUACUGUAUGUAGAACUUCAGCUGUACACACAUUCACCCAAACAAACUGAAUAACAACAAUCCAGUCCAUGAGCACCACUUCUCAAGAGCCAUGAUUUCCAGACACAUGUAACAGACAAAGCCUGACCGUCAGUCUAAUAGAGACAACUCAACAAUGCAGAUUAAAGUUCCCAAAUUAACUUCAGAAGAAGGUAUGUAGCCCACUCACAAAUAUAGUCCCCAUAUUACUUUGGAGUUGAACACAAAACUAUCAAUGUUUUAGAAAUAUCCAUCUUUUAUAUAUAAAAGUACCAAUAUCAUUUCUAUUAUAAGGUACAAGUUAGAAUCUGCAUGCUUUUCCUAGAAUACUCAAGCAUUUGGUGUUUUGUCGCAAUGCAGACUGACCCCUCUCACAUCUGUUUUGGCUGACCUCAGAUAAACUUUCAUUAAAGCAUCUGUGAUCUGUAAGACUACAACUAUUACUCUAA